UUUCCACCGUCCUUCCGCGUUUUCCUGUGGCUCUCGGGCUGUGACGUGUCGUGCUGACGGCGGCCUCGCAGCUCGGAGGAGCGGGGGGCUGUAGCAUGACUGGCUCCGCACGUCCUGCUCGCUUUCAGCGGAGCUCCACAAACAAACCCUAACCCCUCCUUCUCUGCUCCUCUCCGGCCCGCCCAAAUAACACUAAAUUCCCGACUGAAUCCUGCCCGAGUCUGGGGGAACUAGGCGGCCUGGGGGAAGCCGAGGAGCGGACGGAGGCCGAUCCCUGCGGCAACAAUCUGCUCUCCAGUAACAAAUGCAGUGCGAGGACAAUGGAUGAGGAUGACACCAGGCUUUCAAUACAUUCUGAAGAGCCUAAAAUAAUAUUACACGGAUCGGAUGAGGGUGGUGCCGGCGGGCACGAGUUUGUUGUGGAGCUUCAAGAGACUGUGUUGGUGUCAGAAGGCGAGGGGGAAGGCAUGGCGGUUCACAGGUUUGCCCCAGACGAGCUAGUCAUCCAGGAUGCUGUUGAAGAUGUGAUUUCUGAGUAUGUGCACUGCGAUGAAGAUGAAGAUGUCGCUGUAGAAACCUGCGUGAUGGCCUUGGAGGGUGAAGAGGAGGGUGUUGCCAUGGGAGACAUCCCUGAAGAUGGGCUGGAUCCAGAGCAGCAAGACGAUGACCAAGAUGGCUGUGGAGAUUAUCUAAUGAUAUCCUUGGACGAAGCAGGGAAAAUGGUGUCCGAGGAUGGAACCGAGGUAACUGUAGAGGACCAGGAGGUGGAGAAGGAUGAGGACGGGCAGGAGGUUAUAAAGGUGUACAUCUUUAAGGCUGAUUCGGGGGAGGAGGACAUGGGUGAAUCAGUUGACAUCAGUGACGGUGACACAGAGAGCGUAGCACUAACGGAGUCUUCAGGCCAAACACUCAGAGAGAAGAUGGUUUACAUGUCUGUGGGGGACUCUCACCACAAUCAAGGAAGCCACGGUGGGUCCAAGGUGACUGAUGAGGUUUAUAUGGAGGUGGUGGUAGGAGGCGAAGAGCCAGUAACUCACAGCCGCUCGUUUGACAGUGUGUCUCUAAGCAAGGACUUCAUGCCUGUGGCCUGGGCAGCUGCGUAUGGUGCAGAGGACAGCGAGAGUUGUGAAAACCGAAACGGUGCAGCCAGCGCUCUGCUACACAUUGAUGAAUCUGAUGGUGUUGAUGAAAUCGGCAGACAGCGCAGCAAGAGCAGAAGAAGAUCUGAGCCACGGCAGGUUCAGACAGCCAUCAUCAUUGGUCCAUAUGGUCAACCUCUGACAGUUUACCCUUGCAUGCUCUGUGGUAAAAAGUUCAAGUCACGAGGCUUCCUGAAACGUCACACCAAGAAUCAUCACCAGGAUCUCCUGACGAGAAAAAAGUACCAGUGCACAGACUGUGAUUUCACCACCAACAAGAAAGCCAGCCUCCACAACCAUAUGGAGGUGCAUGCUCUGAGCAGCAAGGCUCCUUUUGAGUGUGAAAUGUGUGGCAAGGAGUUCCACCAACAGGCAGCAUUGUUCUCCCACAGACUACAGCACCACCACCGUGAGCCCAAGACCCAGCCGCCUCCCCCACAGCCCACCAAGAUGCAUAAAUGCAAGUUCUGUGACUAUGAAACCGCUGAGCAAGGACUGCUCAAUCGCCACUUGUUGGCGGUUCACAGUAAAAGCUUUCCUCAUAUCUGUGUGGAGUGUGGCAAAGGCUUUCGACACCCUUCGGAGCUGAAGAAACACAUGCGCACGCACACAGGUGAGAAGCCUUACUCUUGCCUGUACUGCGAUUACAAGUCAGCUGAUUCGUCAAACCUCAAGACGCACAUCAAGACUAAGCAUAGCAAAGAGAUGCCAUUCAAGUGCGAGCGUUGUUUCCAGACCUUUGCCGAGGAGGAGGAGUUACUGCAACACGGACUAACACACGAGGAGAACAAGACCCACCUUUGUGCCCACUGUGAUCACAAGAGCUCCAACUCCAGUGACCUGAAGCGCCACAUCAUAUCUGUUCAUACCAAGGAUUAUCCCCACAAAUGUGCCGUGUGCGGCAAAGGCUUCCACCGGCCGUCCGAACUCAAGAAGCACUCUGCAUCCCACCGCACCAAGAAACUCCACCAGUGCCGGCACUGCAACUUUAAAAUCGCAGACCCUUUUGUUCUCAGUCGUCAUAUUUUGUCUGUCCACACUAAGGAGCAGCAAGCAUCUCCUGAAAAGACUGAGGUUAAAAGGACGGUAGAGACGCACACUCCUGUUGUGACUUCUAAAAAGUCUACGUCAAGCAGCUCCAGCGGCUCUGGUCCGCCCGCUAGAGUCAGCGCAGCUAGUUUAGCCAGCAGCGUGACUGUGGUUAUAGGUAAAGGACAAAAAGAAAGGAGAAUUUACCAGUGCCAGUACUGCGACUACAGCACUGGGGACGCGUCAGGAUUUAAGCGGCACGUGAUUUCCAUUCACACAAAGGACUACCCACACCGCUGCGAGAUCUGCUCCAAAGGCUUCCGGAGACCGUCGGAGAAAAACCAGCAUAUCAUGCGCCACCACAAGGACGUUGUGCAGGCAGAGUGACUCUGACUGGCCCAGAUACUGUGCCACAGCCAAGAACAUUGUUGAAGCAAAUGCCACACCCCUGUCACUGCACCUCAGCACACUGCCAUUCACAUUUACAUAAUGUGAUGUGUGCACGUGAUGCACUUAUGUUUUGUUUUGUUUUGGGUUUUUUUGUGGUCCUUAGCCUAAUUUCAGAAAUGUAUACAUGUGUACAUAAUGUAAUCGCUGUGUCAGAGUAGGCAUCACAAUCCCUCUAUAGACUUGCACUUUUAACUGCAUGUACCUUGCUGGUGACGUUGUGCAUGGCAGACUGUGCAAAUGUCUCUGGUCUCUUUUGCAGACACUUUUAAUUUUGCAGGUAGCAUUCACUUCAAAAUCACUUAAAAAAAAAAAAGAAGUUAUUUCUCUCAUAACGUAAGUGUAAUUUGCAAAAUGUUUACACUAUUUUGCGCCAACGUAUGACUGAGCAAACUAGUUCCAGCACUUGCAAACGUGGUUGAAGAUGACGGUGAAUGCAGUGAUUGUAUUGUAUGUGGUAAUUACUGGUGUUUGUGUCACACAAAAACCAACAGUUGUGCUUCCUGGUGCUCUGAUUUCACCACUUUAUAACCUAACACGUUUUGUUGUUGACAGAAACAGGAGGCACUCAGAAAACAAAAACAGUUGUCCUUAUUUUUUGUCUUUAGAGGUUUAUAAUGAUCAAUUAAUACAA